AUGACUGACCUCGACUCGACUCUGUUCUCAAGCUUAAGUUCUUCCAUUGAGGCGCACCAAGGCUUCGCGGACGCACAAGCCAAGACUGCUACUCAGAUCCUGUCCGCCGUGCAGACCACUAUCUCCAGGUUCGAUGCAACCAAGGUCACGAUGGUCGGUCACUCGCUCGGCGCCGCAAUCUCACUGCUGGACUCGAUCUACCUCCCUCUGCACCUCUCAGGCGUCUCGUUCCGGACUAUUCUUUACAGCCUUCCACGCGUUGGCAACCAGGCAUUCGCCAAUUAUGUCGAUGCGCAUGUGAUCUCGCUGACGCAUAUUAACAACGAGGAGGACCCGAUUCCUAUUGUCCCCAGCACUGAACUCGGCUUCCAUCACCCCUCAGGCGAAGUGCACAUCACUGAUCAAGGUGUCUGGGAGGCUUGCCCUGGCCAAGAUAAUCCGAGUAAACUUUGCAUUGUCGGGGAUGUCCCAAUGCUCUUCAAUAGCAAUGAGUCAAACCAUGAUGGUCCCUACAACGGCGUCAAGAUCCACUGCUAA